AUGCGACAGAAGAGGAGUUGGCAUUCUCGUCAACACGAGUAUGACAAAGAACAUCGACUCUUUCGAACAACUUACGACCCGAAUCGGACGUCGCGGAUGAGAAGAUGUGGUCCAACACCAGCCUUGACUAUGUUCGUCGCUUACCCUCCAACAUCAAGCUACGAAGAAGAAGAAGUCGAAGCUUUCUAUAUGGACCUAGAGAAGUUCUUCCGAGAAGAUCAUGCCUUCUUCAAGGUCAUAAUUGGCGAUUCCAACGCCAAAGUUGGCCCAAGAAGAACGCCUGAGGAACUUCACACCGGGACCCACGGCCUACAAUGGAAUGACCAGGGUGGAGAGGCUCUUCGAGCUCAUCAUGACGACCAAGACUAUCCAUGGGAGCUCGCAAUUCCAGAAGCCCUCCUCUCUACGGUGGAGUCACCCGGUGGAGGGUACCGUAAUGAAAUAGACCACAUCAAAUCAAUAAAAGGUUUUGCCUGA